AUGGCCGACUCCCAGGCGCAGACCCCAACUCAACCUGCACAGCCGAUUGCACAAGAGCUGCCAACUCAGACUCUGCCAGAGAUCAUUCGUACCUACCGUCCUAUCAAGUCCUUCAGAGGUUCCAAGCCUGAUGCCUCGACCCAUGUGACUUCUCUAGACUUUGACGACCAAGGUGAAUUCCUUGUUGCAGCUGGAGACGAUGAUGCAAUUCAAAUCUUUGAUAUCAAAGAGGGCAAGCUCAAAAAAACGGUUCCAAGCAAGAAAUAUGGCGUCCACCUCGCGCGUUUCACCCACCACCAACGAUCGCUUCUUCAUGCGAGUACCAAAGUCGACCACAACAUCCGUUUGCUGGAUGUGCAUAACGAAGGUUAUGUCCGCUAUUUUAUUGGCCAUACAGAUACAGUGACUAGUCUGGCACUAGCACCCUCGGGAGAUCAUUUCGUUUCUUCAGGCAAAGAUGAUACAGUUGCAGUUUGGGACCUGCAAUCUCGAAACCCGCAGGGCAAGUUGAAGCUAGCGACCCCAUACUUGGUGGCAUUUGACCCUUCUGCAUCGGUCCUUGCCAUCGCUUCGCAGUCUACAUCGUCUGUCCUUCUCUACGAUUUCCGCAACUAUGACAAAGCACCCUUCGCAACCUUUGACUUGGCUCCCUAUGAGGAAAUGUACACACCAACCACUCGUGGACGUGCCUGGACCCGGCUGGAGUUCUCUAACGACGGAAAAUAUUUGAUGGUUGGAACGGAUUAUCACGGGCACUUUAUUCUGGAUGCAUUUGACGGCUCUGUCAAGGCUUUCCUUACUGGGAAGAGUGGCGCGACUGGCCGUGCUGCCCCGGUGUCCACGACAGGCAAACCCCGCGGCCAGGGUGAUGCAUGCUUCACGCCUGAUGGCCGAUAUGUGAUUGGUGGCAAUGGUGAGGGACAAGACAUGCUCGUGUGGGAUUUGCAGCAGAAGCCCGAGGCCAACAACCUGCUUUCUCCCGUGGCCAAGCUUCCCCAUCGAAACCGGACAACCGUUGUUGAGUACAAUCCAAAGUACAACAUGAUCGCCAGUGCCGAUAAAGAGACUGUUUUCUGGCUUCCAGAUGAGCUGCCGAAGCCAUCGGAGAAGUAA